AUGAUACCUGACAUAGCACCGUGGAUACGGCACCUGUCCAUCGGUGUUUGGGCGCUCAACCGCAUGGUUUCCCCCGAGUCGACACUUCCCCUCCGCUCCUUGAAUCUUGUCAACUUGAAUGUGUACCUCCAAGGAAACCCGAUGCCGAGCUCACUCAUCGAUGCGCUCCCUCAUUCCCUGCGAGUUCUGCGUGUGAUAUCUCUUGCGCAUAUCAACCCCGCGAGUCUUACCGCGAUAGCACGUAGAUGCCAGGGCAUUCAGGAGCUUGAAAUAUCCGUUGCAGACACCCUCGACUCCUCAUGCUGCUUGGACUGCUUCGCAGAGUCAGAGAGUCGCGUCGUUCAUUCACCGAUUGGACACGGCAAGCGCGCUCAGACUAUAGAGCAAGUCGUUGAUGCCUACGCUGAUGCUCUCCAACAUCUCCCUCGUCUUCGACGACUGGCCCUCGGCGUCUUCAUCUCCCCCGCAGCACUGCUCACGACGCACCUCAACCGCCACCGCGUAGAUGCCCAACCCUACAUCACUGAUGGAACGCCAGCCUAUGACACAGCGUCAGCGCAGCACACCCCUGCCGCGGCUUUGAGUCCACGCGUCAAGACAGGCGAUUACCAGUUGGUUCGAGCACCACCCGCAACCAACAUCAUAGACCAUGUCGCGCGCUUCGGGCACUUUGCUACGCCCUCAAAGUGCAUGGACUGCGUGCGGGAAUACAGCGUAUUCGUACGCAGGGACGAACUUCGCGCAACGGUGCGUCUUGCGCAGCGCUUGAAGAGCCUGGAGAGCGUGUGGUGGAGCUCAUGGUUCUCGGGCGACGAUCGGACGGGCGCUCUGUGGACGAAGCUGUCUGUGGUGCGAGAGGACAAGCGUCUGAAGGUCGCAAGGCAGAGGCGCGCUUGA